UAGUCUAAGAUAGAUCUAGAAAGGUGUUUUUUUCUUCAAAACAUUUUCCUGAAAAAAAAGUAACAUUGUAGAAAUCACAACUUAAUUAUACUAGAUCUAGUUCAAUAAUUCUAUAAAAUACAGAAAACCAGAGAUAAAAACAGGUUGAGUCGUCAAAGACAACAAAGAAGAAGCUACUUACAUCCUACGAGUGGUGUGACCCAUAGAACUUGUACAGACGAUCGAAAGUGUUUUACUAUAUUGAUUCUAUUUACAAAUAAACGCAAACAAAAUCACAACGUAUUUUUUUAAGGCGAAUUCUAAUAGGAUCAUCGAUAAAUAUGACCUUAUGUGUGAAGAUUGCAGGUCAAGGAUGUCUACAAAAGGAUGCUAAAUGUGAACAAUUGGCGGAGUUUGAAAUUCCUGCAGCCUUAGAAGUUGGCCAGAAAGUGAGUUACAUUGGAACACCGGACAGAGAUGCUGAGGAGUUCUGCGUGUAUCUAGUGAACAAACAGGGCGAUGUGGCGCUGAGUGUCCAGGUAGACUUCCAGAAAAACAUUGUUACUUUAGACUACAAGCGCAGCGAUGCUAGCGCCAGGUCACAUCAACUAACCUUUGACGACACUUCAUUGCCAUUCUCCAGGGGUAUUCCGUUCAAACUGGGCAUCGAAGUUCUGAAAGAUGAGUACAAGCUGAGCGUGACUGGCCAACACUUAGCCUACUUAAACCAUCGUGUCAAACCAACCACAGUCACCACCAUGAAAGUCAAGGGCGAUGUCAAAACAAAAGAGUUGAGGUUGGGGUGACGCCCAUGUGUCUCUAAAUAGCACCUGAAACAAGAGACUGUAGCUCGUGAGGUCUGAUCCGUUUCAAAGACAGAAAUAAUAUUAUAAGUUUCAGUUUCAACUUAAAUCAAUCAAUCAAUAAAUAAAUAAAUAUAACUUUGAAAACAUGAUGUCAA